UCUCGGUGGUUGCAGGCAGCCCCCGCCCUGGACCCGGACCCGGACCACAAGCACGCCCGGCUCAUGGACUCAGGCACCGACGCCCUCUCCGAACUGGACAUGGCAAAAAACCGGCACAGUUUAUAGAUGGAGACGAGCAGGACGCGGAUGCUGUUGCCGCUGCCGGGAUGCAGAGCUCGCAGGACCAGCCCCCACGAAGCUGCAAGUGGCAGCCCCUGCCCGCAUGUCCCCUGCUGCCGCAGGCCCAGGUCACAGCAGCUCUGCUGGCGCAUUACGGAGCCACGUGCGGGGGUCCAGCGCUGCAGUUUGCUGCUCGGUUCCUGCUCCACAUGGUUGGGUGAGUCGUCCUGUCUGCCUGUCCCAGCCCGGGGACAGUUCUCUGCGUACGUUGGCUACUGGGCCAAGCUGGCCUCAUUCAGAGCGGUGUCAAUCAGGGUGACGCCAUUGGCUCAGGAUUUGCCCCAGGGUAGCUGCAAGCAGGAUUUGGCCUGGUACCUGCUUUUGUUACCUAGCCCAGGCAGACACGCGGGGCAAAACACACUGGGUGUUGCAUGGCUGGAAAGAGCCAUUAGAACCCUUUGCACCAGAGCCAAGCCGCAGCCGCCUCAGCCUGAGACUGGAAUCCAGGGGGCGGUUUUGGUGCCUAGCAGCCGGCGGUCACCCUCUCUGCACCCGCGUGGACGGACAGAGCCGGGGGCCGUUACCUUGUGGCAGGGGACAGUAACCAACGGGAUCUGACCGGCCCAGGCCUCCAGGAGAUGCUGAGCCAUAAGGAGUUUCCUAGCCCAUGAUUUCUGCCCAGUGCUAGCAAUAGUUCAUGUAGCUAGGAGUCCGCAGAGAAAAGGGGCUGCCCACCUUAGUGAGCAUCCCUAGCUGCUGGCCAGCUGGUGUGUGCGCGUGUCCCUGGGGUGGGUAGCUGGUGUGUGUGUGUGUGUCCCUGGGGGGGGCGGGGUAGCUGGUGUGUGCGCGUGUC